AUGACAGCAAGUGAGAUAGCUGGUUCUAUCUUCAAAUAUGCGUCAAUACCAAUCGCUAUUGGCGUUGGGCUAUACGCGAUCCUCCUCGGGUUGCUCACCACAUCAACAUUCCAAUCACAUGUCGUCUAUUUGCACGCAAUUCAGAUGACAUGGUUCAAAGACCUCAAUGUCCCCGAGACGUUCGGAUUCUUAAAAAAUCAAGUCACGCCAUUCUCUAUCAAAACGGCAGACGGCCAAGAGCUGUACGCCUGGCACAUUCUCCCAGUGGAGUUAUACCGCAAGCACCAAAUGUCUCUAAUUGAGGAGCCAGUAGGCUUCGUCACCGACAUCAAGUCGCGCCUGGGCUUUCAAUUGUUGCGAGAGGACCCCGAUGCUCGCCUGAUUCUGCACAUGCACGGCGCCGGGGGAACCGUAGCCUCGGGAUACCGCGUCCCUAACUAUCGCGCAUUAUCCGCCGGGCAUCCUGGAAAGAUCCAUGUUCUGACAUUCGACUACCGAGGGUUCGGCAAAAGCACAGGCUCACCAUCCGAAACAGGACUCGUCAUAGACGCCCUGGCCGUGGUAGAUUGGGCGAUGAACGUCGCGGGGAUCCCAGCCUCCCAGAUCUUGAUAUUCGGACAAUCAAUGGGCACAGCCGUCAGCAUAGCGGUAUCCAAGCAUCUCGCUAUCCAAGACCCGCCUAUCGUCUUCGCAGGCACAGUUCUAGUCGCGCCAUUCGUGGACGUCGCGACACUAGUCUCGACCUAUCGAAUCGCAGGCACGGUGCCCAUUCUGUCACCUCUUGCGAGGUUCCCGUUGCUCUUCAGAUAUCUCCAGCGUUUCAUUCGAGAUAAGUGGCUUAGCAAGGAUUCUAUUGCGCAAUAUAUCCGAGCCACCGAAUUUAAUGGGGAGAAGUACCGCGUGGCGAUUAUUCAUGCGCAGGAUGACUUCGAUAUUCCGUGGCACCAUUCUGAACUUGUCUUUUGGCACGCGGUUAAUGCGUCGAUGGCCUCGGGGAUUAGUUAUGAUGAGCUUGAGCAGAAGAAGCUUGAUUCGAAGGCGGAUCUAGGGGCUGGCGGGUCGGUGAUGGAAUGGAAGACUGAUAAUGGCGUCAUUCGCGAGGAGAUACUGAAGACUGGAUUGCACGAUGUCAUCAUGGGAUAUCCGAUAGUCACGAUGGCUGUAAUGCGGUUUUUUGAGGCAGCAGAUCCGUCGUUUGCCAUCUGA